UCCUUUUCAGGCAGGAAACCAGAAACCCACCAAACAAAGGUUAGUGACCGUGUGCACACUCUCUGUCUCUCUGAUUGGCAUCAUCGCGCGGGUCAAAUCCUGGGAUCUGAGUGGCUCUCUAUCUCCGCCAACCUCGAUCUGAUAGGCCAAGCGCUUGAUCGACCGGGAAGUUAGUCGACUGUGAUUUGUGGCGGAAAUACACGCCUGUGGGUUCGCAUCCUUUGGCUCGUCUCCUCAACCGACCAACGUGGAUGCUGUGUCUGGAACUCUGGGACCCUCUUUCUCGCCCUCUCUCUGUGUCUUGUACCUGUGGGCCCAAACCACACACCCACUCUCUUCUCUUCUUCCCCCCCCCGGGUUGCUCGACGCUUCCGUGCAGGAUUCUGAACUCUCUGGAAGGGCUUCUGAUCCGCAGCAUCACAUCACCCUGUCCACCUUCCCGCCUGCCUCGUUUCUUAUUAUUUGAGAACCACUCAACCUCCCCUUAUCUUCUCUUUUUCCUUACUUUCUCUCUUCUCCCCGGUGUCGUCAUCAUUAUCCUUCUUUGUGUGUGUGUGUGUGUGCGUGUACUGGGUGUUCUUACUGUUUUGCCUUUUUGUCUUUAUCUUCAUAUUAGACUCUCUCCCAAGAACUCCUUACAUGUUACAUCCAUAUCUCGGCUGCGGCACACGACUAAUCAGUCCUUUCACUCGAUAACAGAUCUCACCCUUCGUUCACUGAGAUCUCUCGCGCGGUCCCCCUCCCCACACCUACCUUGGUCUUAUUUUAAUUCCAGCGUCCCUCAUCCCUCCCGACGCUGUCUCCGAACGCCCCGAAUCGGCUUCUUUCGUUACACAUCCCGUCCCCACGGCUUCUCACUUACCCCCGCCGGUUCUUAUUGGCAAGCGCCUGCUCCGGCUGAGUCAACAUAGGCAGAAACCUCCCCCCCCUCUCGCCAUUGACCCGUUAUUUCCGGCCAGGGACACCCAAGCCCUAUUAGUACCUGCAAAGUCGUGAGGAACAAACCGC